CUUUGUAUUUAAAUUGUGAAUAAAUGCUGUAUAAUCUCCCUGCAGGGACUUCAAGAAAGCCUGUGGAGAAGGACCCUGAAAAAAUCAUGGGAAAUGUAAGCAAUUCCUUCACUGUGUGUAAAACCCCAAAAUCAGAAAAAACAACUUUAAGAAGUUUUUCAGAAAGAAAGUGUCAGACUGGAAAAGAUUUCAUCCCAUUAAGUCAGCUUCCAAAGAAAUUUAGACCUGUGAAAUGCCAAAAAAAAUUGUUACAGCCAGUAGUUACGGCAGCACAAGGGGAGGGAGUGAAGGCAUCUUGUGAAACAGAGCUGACUACACAGCCUGUGUGUGAACCUCUGAGCACUCUUGAAGAGUUGAACUCUGAGGUUCAGUCCAAGGAAGACCUGAAGAACAAACUUUGUAAAGUACAGCUGGAGAAGAAUGAAAGUGAAAACAUACCUGCAGGGGACCCCAAGUCCCUAAAGAGACAUGAACCCCAAAACAAGGCUAGGCUCUUCAUUUUUGCAGAUGAAGUAGAGAAGAAGUCUGUCCUUCAGAGAAAGGAAGGAAAACACCCCUCUUUGUUCCCAUCUCAACCACUCAGUUUGAAGAAUAUGCCAUCAGAGGAAAUUACCCCAGUGUUUCUAAAGUUCAAGGGCUCAGAAAUGCAUGAUCCCGAGAAGCUAUAUGAGGUGUGCUGGAUGCAGCUACUCCACGUCGGAAAGGCAUUCUUCAGCAGCUCGCGGUUUAAAAGGAUUGUCACAGAUGAGGGUGAGACCAAUGUCACAUGCUACAACAGUGAAUAGCUGAAGUGUGUGUCUCGUGAAUGU